AACGUUUUGCUUAUUUUAGUUGAAAAGUUGUUCCUUGGGAAUCAACUAGACUCGAUCUGGUUUGUGCAGUGAUAUCUGUGUGACAGUAAAAAGUGGUUGUGUUACGGAAAAUACAAAAAUAAACUGCUCAGUGCAACGAUGAGGGCUAUUUUGAUCUUGCUAUCCGUGGUGGCUACGUCGUAUGCAGGAGUGGGCGUGGUUACUCCGCAAAUCGAAGCUGAGGCUUAUCGUCUUUGGAACAAAUUUUGUGAAGAUGGCAGCGACGGUGGGAUGGGUGAAGGUCUCGCCGUUUUCUGCAAGCGACCCCGUGGCAUCAAAAAGCAAUCGCUUCAACACAACAUUGAACUUCCAAAAGGUUCAGGGGAUGAACAGCAAAUUGUUUUCGUCCAGCCACCUUCGUACCAUUACAAGCAUGACGUAGUCGUCUCGGGCGGAGGGGUUGCCGCAAGAAGAACUGUCAUCUAUGUAAAAGCAGCCAAAAAUACGCACGAGGUCAAUGUGCAAGAUCGCACAACCGCUGGAGAAGUACCAUCUAAGCCCACGCUCUUUUUCCUUAAGGGAAAUCAUGGCUCAGAAUCCACCACGGACACGGACGCAGUUCCCGUGAGCCCACCAGAUAACACGUACCUCCCACCAACCACUCCCCCAGACAACACCUACCUUCCACCCACCACCCAAAAACCGGGGUACAAUUAUGACGCUCCCGAAACGCAAUUGAGCUAUUAAACCAUAAUUUUAACGAGGAGCUUAUAUUUAUAUAUUUAUUUUUAGAGUAUUUAUUGUGAAAUUACGUAUGUAUGAAAAGCUUAAGUCAUGAGAUACGCUUUUGAGCAUUGUGAUUCUGAAGGAGACGCAUUUUGAAAUUGAUGUGGAACUAUUUUUGUAUUUAGUUUUAUGUAAUUAUAAUCUGCUUGUCUUGAAAAAUCCUACUUUCAAUUUCGCACCAAAGUUUGCAGACAGAUUUCAUAAUAAAACUAGGUUUGGAGUACCUUACAUACAUGCA